CUGCAAUACCAGUACUUCCGGACUAUAACGUCUUGUUUCAGAAUCCUGAAUUUGUCAAAGGAUUUACCACUUUGAUGGCUCACACCAUUCCUGGGGCCUCACAGGCAAAUCCCGUUCAACCUUCCAAAUCAAACCAACCUGUCCGUCCUCAGGGUGGGGUUGCACAGUCCCAUGCAACCUCUCACCCUCGUCAAGACAUCCAUCAACCACAGAAAGAGGGACCCGUGAUUCAAACAAAUGCUCCCUUUCAAGCUGACGUGAUCCCACCAGAAGCCCACUUGCACGAACAAACAGCCGAAAGUCAUUCGGCUCGACUGCAGGAAAAUUUGGUAAAUCCUAUCACUGUUCUGUUAUUGUCUCAACCUGCGAGGCGAACUGACUUGCGACAGCGGAUCGAACAAAAUCUCCUCGCACGGCAUGAAUCUCUUGAGCUUGGGAUGCUUAGGAGAAAGGUGGCCGACUUGGAAACUCGACAAAGAGCGAGCGAUGCUCACGGGCGCCGUGAUUCCACCUCAGCGCAUGUGGAUGUGGAAACCGACUCGCCUCUGGCCUCGGAAUUAACUUCGGAACCCCUCCUGGGAAAAGAGCGAGCGAUGACAGUCCUGGAAACCGACAUAAAAAAGAAGGAUAAAAAGUUCGCUGGUGGAAGAUUUGGAAAACCUCAGUUUAAAGGGCUAACAAGGGAAGGCCCAACAGAUCCUGAAGUGCGAAUGGCGAAGAGACAAUACGCUGAAGACUUGAGGCCAGGUUAUCAUACCAUUUAUUAUGUCGGGGCCGCAACCAUAUUUGAGGAGCUUAAGGGAAAAGGAAUCAUUCCUGAUCCCCGACCGAUCAGAACUCCUGAAGAUCAGGUGGACAAGUCCAAAUAUUGUGGCUAUCAUAAAUACCCCGGGCAUAAUACCGAUGAAUACGCUAAUCGAUUCGUACAUCCUCACUCUGAUGCCUUGAUCGUCACAGCCUUAAUCGGGGAUAUACCCGUUCAUCGUAUUCUUAUUGAUACUGGGGCCUAUUCGAGCAUUCUAAUGUACCAAGCAUUUGAAAAAAUAGGGAUGGACCCAACCAAAAUUAAACCCUGUGAUGAUCGCAUUCAAGGAUUUAAUGGAAGUGUCGCUCGACCAAUUGGAGAAAUCACUCUCCCAGUUCGCUUCGAAACUCCUGGAUCGGUUUCGAAGGUCACUAUGGAGACCUUUAAAAUCAUGGAUAUAAAGAAUGAAUACAAUGCUCUAAUCG